GACCUGUUCAAACCACUCCGACAACACAACCGACAAAAUGGCUCCCUCAGCAACCGGAGGCAAGAAGCAGAAGAAGAAGUGGUCCAAGGGCAAGGUCAAGGACAAGGCCCAGCACGCUGUUGUCUUCGACAAGAACGUCACCGACAGGCUCAACAAGGAUGUCCAGUCCUACCGUCUGAUCACCGUUGCCACCCUCGUCGAUCGUCUCAAGAUCAACGGUUCGCUCGCCAGGAAAGCCCUCAAGGACCUUGAGGCCAACGGCCAGAUCAAGAAGGUUGUCAGCCACUCGAAGUUGACCGUCUACACCCGCGCUGUCGGUGAUGCCGAGUAAAUCCAUCUCCUAGCGAACACGAAGUAGACGCGACCAUCGGUGCUCUUUUCAGCUUUUCAACGACAUUCCUCUUUCCCAGUUUCCAAUCGGCGUCAUCACGAACGGGUCUUCGCGGACAAUAGGGCAUGAAAGGAGGACAGGCGGAGGUACAGCACCGCGCCUGUAGGCCGUGUCGGUUAUGUAUUGAAUGAAAAAAGAUAUCCGAACUGAAUGGUUUCCGCAAU